CACCUCUGCGAGCGCAGCAUCCAUUCCUUCGCUCUUCCUGCGCCUGGGCCUACCUCGCCUCGGCUCCCAGGCCAGCGAUGUGCUCGUGGCCGAUCUAGAUCCGGACCAAGCGACGCUCUCCGAGGCCUCGGCUGGGCGCCCCUCUCGCCGCCCACGGCCGGCCCGGGCCAAGGAGACCUGCUGAUCUCUGGCCAUGGAGGCCAUCUGGCUAUACCAGUUCCGGCUCAUUGUCAUCGGGGAUUCCACGGUGGGCAAGUCCUGUCUGAUUCGCCGCUUCACCGAGGGCCGCUUUGCCCAGGUUUCGGACCCCACUGUGGGGGUGGAUUUUUUCUCCCGUCUGGUGGAGAUCGAGCCAGGAAAACGCAUCAAGCUCCAGAUCUGGGAUACCGCGGGUCAAGAGAGGUUCAGAUCCAUCACUCGCGCCUACUACAGGAACUCAGUAGGUGGCCUUCUCUUAUUUGACAUUACCAACCGCAGGUCCUUCCAGAAUGUCCAUGAGUGGUUAGAAGAGACCAAAGUACACGUUCAGCCCUACCAAAUUGUAUUUGUUCUGGUGGGUCACAAGUGUGACCUGGAUACACAGAGGCAAGUGACUCGCCACGAGGCAGAGAAACUGGCUGCUGCGUACGGCAUGAAGUACAUUGAAACAUCAGCCCGAGAUGCCAUUAACGUGGAGAAAGCCUUCACAGACCUGACAAGAGACAUCUAUGAGCUGGUUAAAAGGGGGGAUAUUACAAUCCAGGAGGGAUGGGAAGGGGUGAAGAGUGGAUUUGUACCAAACGUGGUUCACUCUUCGGAAGAGGUUGUCAAGUCAGAGAGGAGAUGUCUGUGCUAGUCAGCCCUUUUACUUCCCAAACAUGCUCUCCCACCCGAACUUAAAAGCGAUCAAAAUGAAGAGAAUCUUGCGUGACUAAAGAGAAUUCAACCUCCAUUUUACAUACAAGUGAGCCUCCUUCUCAAGGGGUCUUGGACAGGCCGCGGAGGGCGGGCGGGCAGAUGUGGGAGCCUGGGUCCUGGGACUGAAGGACUCAUUCCGGGCACUGUUUAUGGCCCAGUGUGAGUGGUGGCUGCUCCACGUGCUCUCUGUGGACCACAUGUCAAGGGGCUGAGGUUUGGGGAGCUGGGCCCCAGAAAAAUACACCCACAGACAGGACAGCUAUUUCCUGGUGUUUCAGCUCAUUCAUAGGUCACAAACAUAAAUCUGUAAAGGGGGGAAAAGUAUCACAUUGGAAACAAUAAGCAAAACUAAAAAAGACUACGAGACCAACUGAAUCAGUCAGAGUAUCCUACACUGAGUGUGUGUGCGGGGUUUGGUGAAAAGGUACCAAUUAGCUUCCAAACAGCUCGUCUGUAAAAUGAGGGGCACGGACCAGCUAUUUACUAAGACCUUUCGAGGCCUGUUCUAGUAAAAAGACUGUGUAUAUGAAAAGGGAAGCCAUUAUACAUAAUUUUUUAAAUCACAUUCCAGAAAAUGCACACCCUUGUGAUGGAAUAACCAAGUGUGUGGAAGAAACUGUGCCAUGCAGAUUACCAUAUAAGUAGAAGAAAGGGACCCUGCGACCCAUGCCACACACACACCCACCCAACCACACACACACACACACACACACACACACACACACGCCCCUACCGUGCCUGGGGUUUCCCUGCAGGGGCAGCUGCGGCCUAACUCGACCUAACUGAAAACGCACAAGCUGCCUGUCCCUUCGGGUUGGAGGCGGCAGUUCAGGGACUGCUUCGCAAAGAGCCCUGAGGCAACAUUUGCUCAGCAAGAGGCGCCGCCCUCGCCCUCACAAACACUUCCACCGGUCACUUGAGUUAACAGCAGGCCUCUAAGGUUUUCUUCCCCAUUUUACAGAAGAGUAAGCUAAGACGCAGGAGCCUCUCUUGGCCAAGGUGAAGGCCUCCUGACUCCUAGUUCUUGUCCCGCCGCACCAUCUUGUCCCUGCUGUCAGAUGAAUGAACUGUUAUUAAUCUGUUUACUUUGGAAGAGAGAUGACUGUAAAUAAAUGUUCUCUACGUGCUAGGGUGUUUCCUUAUUGCUUACGACUCAGCUAUAAUCCUGAGGGAACCUGGGGAGGAAACGAAGGUAAAGCCGAUUCAGGUAUUACUACUGACCAUGGGCUUUAAACGAGUGAGUAAUUGCACAACUAAAAACACAUGAAAACUGUGUGGGCUACGAGUGUUCUUCUCACUGAGACACAGUGGACGUGUUGGCAAAAGGAACCAAACGCAGCAAUGGGGAGUGGGAUGGAGGGAAACACUCACCUCACAACGACCUUGGCCACCUGUUUGCCAUAUUCUACACUGGGUCCUUGUCUACCCUCGAGAGUCAGCUCCUAAUUCUCAGGUGAACAGAUGUCUAACUGCAUCGGAAAACUGAAAUGGUUGGCUUAAGGUUCCAUUACCUUCUUGAAGAGAGGUCGUGCUUCAAAUUAUUUUUCAGAUCGUAGCCAGCUGAGCUAGGCAAAAGCCAUACUUUUCACAGUAAGAAAACAAUUCUGAACAGUCAGGUUUCUCAUAUCCAUUGUGACAGGAAAGCCUGACAAUGGUAAAUCGCUUUGAGACGGAAUCCUGAACUUCACUAUGAAUGUGACUGGAUCUGAAACUUCGGGAAUGUGCUUCAGCCACAAAGAAGCAGCCACAUAGCGAGAAUUAUGGAAACAAACCACCUUGGACUGCCGUGCGGCAUCAACUACACCUGAACCAUUCGUUUCACAUGACGUGGCCUGGCUGCAGUGGUUAAGUUGCCGGCUUUGAGGUUUUAGAAGGCAAAUAAAAGAUGGUGCACAGGAUUAACACAAAGUGUCAUCAACUAUUAUGUUUAAUUAUAUUAAGAAGAUUCUGAAAGCAAGAUUAUCCAGUGGGUACAUGAGUUUUUUCAGUGGAUUCUGUCAGUUCCAAAAAAGGAUAGAAACAAAACUUCAUGGUUUUCUUGUCUAAAAGACAUUCUAUGUAUACUUUUUCCAUUCCUUGCAUUUUUAAGGGCAGGUUUAAAAAUACUCAGCAUAGGAUCCAGCAAAGGUGGCUGAGCUUAAUUGCUUAAACAAGUUCUAGAAACUUUAAAAAUCAUUUUAGUAGAAGCCAGUGCUGUUGUCACUGCAAUAAGUGGCUUUUAGAAACUGAGUGUGAAAAAAUCAGGUCUUAAAACAAUACUAAGGAUGAAGCUUUAGAAGCUAUUUUACUACAUAGGUAAAGAAAAGAUCAACUAACUUGUAACAAAGACUGCAACUGCAUGUUGGAUUGGAUUGUCCCAUAUUCCAGAAUAAAAUGUACUGUAUCCUUUUUCUCACUUUGUUGUGCAUUGUAAUGAAAUGUGGAAAAAUGUUUUCUUUAGCUGUAUGUGAAUGAGAAUUUGCUUGUAUUUAGUAAAAUGGUUGAUUAUGUGACUGUGAGA